AUGGCCACGGGUCUGGCUGCGGAAGGGCGCGUGGAGGCAUGGAAGGCGAGGGCGCACCACAACGCGCAGAGCUCGCUCGUUUUCCGCCCGGGAAUCCCAAUGGCGGAGGCGAUGGUUUCGUCGGACACGCCGUUGGCCGGCGCUCAGGCUCGUGGCUGGUUUCGGGUUUCGUCGGACACGCCGUUGGCCGGCGCUCAGGCUCGUGAGAAGCCGGAGCGUGAUGCUUGGGGCUCGGCGCUGGAGACGGUGGAGGCGGCGCUGCAGCUGGAGAAGUCGGUGAACCAGGCACUGCUGGACUUGCACCACCUGGCCACCGAGAAGGGGGACCCCCACCUCUGCGACUUCCUUGAGUCCCACUACCUGGAUGAGCAGGUGAAGGCUAUCAAGGUGCUGGGGGACCACAUCACCAACCUGCGGCGUCUGGCUGGGGGUGCCGGGGUGCCAGGGGGGGCCCCGAGCGGCCUCGGCGAGUACCUC